CACGUGGUCGCAGAUUGUUGAUAGCGGAGUUCCUGGAACAAACAAAACAAAUGACAGCUGACCAGCGGAGCGGACUGCCGCUGCGUGUCACUCGCCUCGAUGUGUUGAAAUCUCAUGUUGACAAUGUGAGCAACAAUAGGGGGGAAAAAAGCUUUGAGCCGCUGGUGGAUAAAUAACGAAUGCAGCGUUGCACACUGACAGUUAGGCGUUAGCUUAGCUUAGCCUUGUCGGGGCGUCUUCAGCUGUGGAGUUUAAUGCGCUGCUGCUGGUUUUGUUUUUCCAGAAAUGUAUUCUCUGGACACGAUGUUUACGCAGACAUACAUGCUAGUCGCUGCCUUGCAAUCCUCCGUCAGUGACGCUUCUCAAUGGGCCAUACAGGAGUGUUGUGUUUACCACCACUGACAGUAUCUUGACAGCGCAGCCAGCUGCUUAUCACACGAACGACCCAGCUCGCUGUUGCAGCUCAUAGUGGUUGGGGUUGUUUUGUUUUGUGUGUACAGUAUAGAUGCACACUGUACAUUAGGCUCGUUCGUUUUCAGUCGAUCGUUUCCACCAGGAGACACCUCUGCCCAACUGUAUGUCCGUGUGAUCUGACUCGAAGAGCUGAAAGCUGUGCUGAGCAGUGACCAAACAUGGAGGCUGUCAGACCAAAGAAGCCCAAAGCGAAAACCAGCGGAAAGUCUCAGCUGGCCAGGAAGCAGAAGCAGGCAGAGGAAGAAAAAAGAGCCACAGCUCCCUCGGCAGUGUGUGAUGAGGACUCCACCUCUGGCUUCACAGACAUCCCCCUCAGUCUGCCCUAUCAGGAGCCAGAGGAGGAGCGUCCGGACCCCGUUCAGCUCCCUCAGACCACAGCACAGCCGUCAGAUCUGCCCUCUGAGAAACAAAGGGAGUUUUCAUCACAGACUUGCACAUCUGUGUUAACUAAGACUUUACAGUCGACCCUCAGUUUGUCAACAGAGACUUCACAUGGUGCACAGCAUCUGAGGGAGUCAGAAGAUGAGAAAGAGGACGAUGACAGGGUUGCAGCUCAGGGGGCUGAACUUAAAGCUGCACCACACAGCACUGAGUUGGGAAAGGACACACAAUCGUGGAAUCGGCCUUGUGUUUCAACUCAGUUUGAGAUUCCAAGCGCCCCUGAACUUUACCCAUCUCUUCCUACCCUGGAGGAGGGUCCUGUGAUGCAGCUCAAUGUGCCAACUAUGAAAAAUGGUGUAAAAGGACCUGCAGUGUUGGCGCUACCUGAGCAGGAAUCUUCUCCUCCCAGUCUGCAGCCUUUGGAGUCUGUAGCUGAACUUUCCACGAGCAAACUCUACCCAGAAUUACCCAAGACGGCUCCAGAAAUGCAGCCCUUCUCCCAGGAGCAGCUGAGUGUUUGGGAGCCAGGCGGAGGUUUGCGAGCGUGGUUGGAAGGCGUAGAAGAGUGUGCGGCCCAGUUCUGUGCUCUGGCCCGGCAGGAGAACCACGAACUGACCGAACUGCUGCAGAAUUACUGGCGCUGCCGCCGACAGCUGACCCUGUCACACACACAGCUACACACACAGUCCUCUGACUGCAAGAGCACACAGAACCGUCUCUGGAGCUUCAGAGAUGAACAGCUCACACUUCAGGGUGUGUGUGCAGAUCAGUCUAAGGUGUGUGGGUACCAUCGCUUCCAGCAGGCGGAUUUCAGUCAGAAUGUGCUGGCUGAGUUGGGAAGACUGUUCGAAGCUCGCAGUGAGCUGCUCAAUCAGAAGGUGGCGCUGCAUGCGUAUACUGCUCUGCUUUCACGCGUACAGGUGGAGUCAUACUUGUAUCGUCUACUAAAAGAUUGCUCUGGUAACCAAACACAGCCGUGUUCUCUUCAACCCCUGAAAGAGGCCAUUAGUGUCCUGUUUAGUUUCACACGUAGAGUCCUCGAUGACGCACAGUUCCAAACAGACAUCCAUCAUUGGCUGGAAAGAUUGGUGUCUGUCCUGCUGCAUGUUGGCGGGUCAGGAGAGCAUCUGUUUCUGCUGUGCCAUCUUCUCUGCUGUUCUGCUGGGGUUGGAAAGUGGUCUGCACCCUUCCUUCAGAUUCAAGUUUUGGGAAACCCCUGUGGAGUGCAGCACUUUAUGCAAGCUCUAGCCAUCCUAAUGUCACCUGCCAAACACCGUGCAGAGUUCCUGGGCCAUAUGAAGCCCUGUGAGAGCCAGAGUUCCUCGGCCUCUGGACCUGAGUCUGGCAACUGGACCCUAGUGGAUGAAGGCGGAGAGGAAGAUGAGGAUCCAGACAGCAGCUGGCUGCUGCUCUGUGAGGAGGAUCUCAUUUGCUUACUCACCCAGUUCCCCCUUCAGCAGCUCUACUCACACAUGCUGGGCAUGAGCAAGCAGGGUGUGUAUGAUCCCCAGGCCUACUCCAGUCAGAAGAUGAUGCGUGUGUUUGCUUUCGCUUCCUCUCUCAUCGAAAUCCUCGCUUGCGGCCUACAAACCUACAACAGAGCGCGAUACAGACAAUUGGUCAAACGAAUAGGACACAUCAUACGAAUGACGGUGUGUUACGUCAGUGAUCACUGGGCCCAGUAUGUGGCGGUGGCUGGUGCAUCCAGCCCUCAUGUACACACUCUGUCUUUGGACAAACUUCAGCUGGAAUAUGAUCAUCUCUUCCUCAGAGCUGUUUUACAUGUUCUCAGAAACAAACGGCUGGGCAUUUGGUUCUUUAUGUCCGAGAUGCCGUACGGGACUUUGUCGAGCUCUAUGCUGUGGAAGGUCCUUUAUGUGAUGCAAAGCGCAGAGAUAGCAGGACUAGAAACACUCAGCACUGCCAGUGACACACACUCCUGCAUUCAGUCUCUCAGAGACCCAGAGCACCAGGGGAGAUUUGAGCAAUGGCUGUGUGAGGUGAACAGCUCUGACGGCAUCUCCCUCCUCACCGCACUAGCACACAUGGCUACACCGACUCAGCACACCGACCCCACCUUCAUUACGACUAUUACUCUGCUGAUUUACCAGGUGUCUUACGUGUGCACAUCUACCAGAGAAAUAUACUCGAAGGUGGGCAGGGAGUUGCUGGCUGCCAUAGCAACAGCCCAUCCCUAUGUUAUUUCUGUGCUCCUGGAGAAACUCCGAGAGACGAUACAGACUGUAGGAAUGGUGGCUUUAUACUUGUGUAAAGAGCUGCCUCUGAGUCUGUGGCGGCCACGGCCAGAGGAAAUAUGUGUGAUCGGAGCCUGGCUGCUCCAACAUCCUCUUUCCGCUGUGGAGAACCGGCUGGCCUGUGUUAUCUUGGAGGGUCUGAACUGGGGCUAUGCACAGGAUGGCUCCUUGGUCCUGUCUUCAUCUCUCCACAGUGAAGUGGCUCUGCUGGUGGCGGAAGCUUAUCAGAAGUACCUUACUGACAAACCAUACAGUGGCCUCAUAUCGGAGGGGAUCAAACAGGUGUCUUACCUUGCCAGUGUCCUUCGUUUGGGCGUAUCUCCUGAAGCAUCCUUCAGUCAAUGGGCAUGGCAACUGUUGUUACGGCUGAAGCUCCAUGGCAAUGCUCAGAGCCCGAAAGGAGCCUGGUCGGUCCCUGCUCUGGCAUCCAACCCACCUCCAGAUCUCACACACGCUCCCAGCAUGCACUCUGUUCUCAGGGCUGUAAAAGCAGGCAUCCCAAUUGGAUGCUACCUUUCCAUUGCCAUGACAACAGUGGGACACAGCCUGGAGCACUUUUGUACUGAUGGAGUUGGGUUGUUGAAGAGUCUGAUUCAGUCUCGCCACCUGAAAGCUGCCGUACAACUGCUGGACAACAUACUACCGCCAACUUACCCUCUCAGCUUCUACCUGCUCAACAACUCUCAGUUUGUAAGUUGUAUGCAGCUGUUCUUGCAGUACGACAGUGUGUGUCCUCAAGGUGUGACACAGCAGGUCACUCACCGGGUAGCACCACUCCUCACAGGAACCACCUACGGAGACAACGUCAGACUGUUGAACAGUGUCAUUCAGAGUCAUGUGGUCGAGAGUUCGCAGCCAGGCCGCGUUGGAGCUGCAGCAGUGCUGGAGUUUUGGGUUGGAAUUCUGACACAGCAGAACCUGUGGUAUCGGGACAAAACGGUCCUAUUCCUCAUGGAUCAGAUCUGCUGUGCUGCAUUUGCACACCACCAAGAGGAAUGUGUGCAGAAACUCUUGUACCAACAGCAUAAGAAUGCCUUGGGUUGCCAUGGUGAUCGGGGUCUGCUCUCCUCUCUAGUUGGCUGGAUUGCUGGGAAUGCCACGCCCUCCUUCAUAGAGGGCCAAUCCCUUUGUGCAGAGGUGUGGUUCACCUGGAUGGUGCUGAAUAUGGAGGGCGCGUUUGAGGAAGAUUUGCAGCUGAGAUGCUGUGUCGAACAUGAGCUUCUGUCAGAGCCAAACAUCUCACCAGAUCAAGCCUUAAAGAAGGCGCAGCAGAGGCUGAAGUUGCCGGUAGCCCCGUCUAUGCAGAGGCUGCAGGUGUACCGCUGGGCCUGUCAGGCUUUAGUCACACCCCCUGACCACCCACUCCUUCCUCUGGUCUGGCAGAAGUUCCUACAGCUCUACCUCAGACAGCCCGGGCCUGAGUAUGGGCUUGCUGCAGGCGGAUGUAUUGGGCGAAGGUUCUUCCAGACUUCAUCUCAAGCCGCUUUACUCAAAGAUCUGAGACAGAGGAUACAAGCAGUGUCAGACUUCCACCAUGCUGCCAGCCAGGCCCUCAGGGUGCCCCCACCACACACGCCCUCAUCAGACAGCCAGGGUGAUGAGUCCCCCGACGAUCCCCGUCUACCUUACCUCACCUCUCCUCGGUUACACUCCGAGCUUGUCAGGUUGUUUAGUGUGUUCGCUGUGUGGUUGGAUGAUGAGACUCUGCAGAAGCAGGAAGUGUACCUACCCUCUCUUCCUGCAGAAUAUGAACCACACAGACUAGCACAGGUUAUGCAGCGGCAUCAGGAACUCUGGCUAGAGUAUGUGGACCAGGAGCGUCUGCAGUAUGAUGAGAGGGAGGUUUUGUCUCUGUGGGAGAAGGUGCAGAGUGAGCCAAACUUCCUGCAGGGUCAAAGCCCUGGCUUCACAGACUACACCAGCCCCAGCAAUGCAAAGGAGCGUAUUCUGUCCAAUCUUCAGAAGCAUCCGAUACCUCGUCCAGCUCCAGAGCUGCAGCAGCAGAAAGCGCCUGUGGCUGAGGUUCCCACCAGCUGCUUCACUGACUCUAAAGCUGCCGCAGAACUGCUGCAGCGGGACCUCUGCGUUCUGCGAGACCAGGCCAGGGUUGCAGUAGCACGUGAAGCCCAGCAGGUGGCGAUGGAGCAGGAACUUCUGGAGAGCCUCCCUCUGCUGUAUAAGAACCGAUCAGAGCAAGUCACCAUGGCCCUGGAGUGUAAAGGGAAGGGAGGGCAGCCAUGCCAGGGACCUGCAAACAUCACCGUCACAUGUGAGCGUGUCCAGAGACAGGAGGCAGUGCAAACUCAGAUAACGUCACUGCGAAGGGACAUCAAAAAACUCCAAACCGACGCUAUGGCUCCUCCACCUCAAAGCCUGGCCCAGGCUGCGGUCCACACUGAGAACUUCAUCACGACUCUGGUGAAUAUGCACAAGGCACAGAAAUCUCCUGCAGUGCACAAUGUCGGCGUGUCAGCCUUCCACCAGGUGGUCUCCUUUGUGUGUGAGGACACACUGCGACACCCCCCAACGCGCCAGUACCUCUCCUCGUGUGUCGAGAUCCUGGGACAGGUGUUUAUCCAGGGCAACGCAGAGGAGUGUGGCCGUGUCCUGAAGACCAUUCUGGAGCAGCGGCGUCUUUGCCCUCUCAUUUCCCCCUUCUUCACCCCUAACGCUGCGCCCGAUCAACUCGUCUUUCUCUACCAAGAUGUGGUGACUUCCCUGCACCUCGACAGUGCUGAUGUCAUUUUCAUGCUGCUCACAAAGUUUGAUUUGUCCCAGUGGCUGAAUGAAGCUCAGCCCGUGUUUUCGGAGAGAACCCGCCUGCUGGAGUUGAUCCACGGUGCUCUCUGUGUCUGUGGACGAGAACCGGAGCCCGAACUUCUCACACCUUUUCACCUUUUUGCCAAACACUGGACGUGGCUGUUACGCCACCAUUUCCCUGAUCAUUACAGUGACUGCCUGCGCCUGCUUAUGACCAGCUCGUCAAACCAGUUACUGAGCCCGGAGUGCUGGAAGGUAACUCUGCGAGUGCUGGGCUGUUUGCCUCCAUCCCGCAGCAGCAGGAGCAAAGGUGAACAAGCCCUCAGCACCGCUGAUGUCCCCAGCCGUGGUGUCGGGCCCCUAGCAUCUCCCUUCAGGUCCCCCGUCAGCCUCUCUCCUCAGCAGGUGGACGAGACAGUUGAUUGGCUCGGUGAUUACUUCCUACGGAGUCGCCUCAAUAAGCCAGAACUACGCAGUUUCGGCCUCUACUCUGCCUGGACUCCUUACAUCAGUGAGGUUGUUUCCCUCUGGGAUCAUUUGAUUAGCUGUCUCAUCAAUGUGCAUCUCAGCAGCUGUGCCAGGGAGUCGGUGGGCAGCGGCAAAAUGAUAAAAGCUCUUCAGGAUCUGCACAGUAAGAUAGAGAAGUUAUUUAAGCCAUGGAUCUUUCCUGUGGACACCGACGAUGGCAGUAACCACAAGUGUUACCCGUGGCUGGAGACGGAUGCGAGUGCAGCAGGAAGUCUGGUCGGACUGUACGCUCAACUCACUGACACACUGCAUCAUAGAUUCAGAGAUCGUUUGCUCCCUGGUCAGAGAGGAGCUCUGUGGCUCUGUAUGAUGCAAUACUGCGAGAGCUGCACCUCACCCCGAACGCCCGAGUACCUGCUCUACCUGUACCACACGCACCUCCGCAGCCUGCCCUGGAGAUGCCUGCACCCCGACACUCAGCUCAUGGAGCAGCUCUUCAAUGUGGAGAGAGGAAGUCCCAAGAGCUGCUUCUUGUUUAUGGGAGAAGUGUUGUGUGAAGUCAACUGGGUUAGCGUCCUGAGUGAACAGUUACAAACACCUUCUGCCUUGACGACUUAUCCGACUUUACCAGACGCGGGCACUCACAAGGAGUCACACACCAUGUUAGUCUAUCUGCUCUACAUGCUAGUUUUUCUGGCCAAGGAGGAACAGCUCCUGAGUCAACAGGACUCCCCUCUGCUCAGUUUGUUGGUCCAGUCCACCUCUCUGCCCUGGCAUCAGCUGGACCUGUCCUCAUACCAAGGCAUCCUGGGAUAUGUCAGCACCCACUACCCUCCCUCGUUGCUGCUCAGCGCUGAUUCCGCCACUCAGCUGCUGCUGAAGUCACUGCGCAGUGCAGCAGGGCUCCACCCCCUCUCUAGUGAAGCUCCACACCGGGAGGAGACGCUGAAGGCUGGAGCGUAUGUGUGCUGGUGUGUGCAGUCUGUGGUGACUCUGGAGCAAGGAGGCAGCAUCAGCCUCAGCAACCUGGAGGCUCAGCUGGAGACACUUUUGGAGAGCGUCGUCACGUUCAACCCACCAGAGACGGGUUUGGAGCAGAGGCACAUGGCGUUCAGCAGUCUCUUCAGCGAUGCUCUGGCUCUGCUGAACGGAGUUGGCGUCUCGACGGGCGAGGCGCUCGCUGCUCAUGUCAUCACCUGGCUUGACAGGAAGGGGAGGGGGUUUCCCAUUCUGCCUCUUCUCACAGCUUGCACCCGCUGUCUGGCGUCAGUACGGCACAUGACGCGCAUCAUGGAGGCAUGCAUCAUGGCGUACUUCAACCAUGCCGAGGAGGAGUCUGUGGGCUGGGGUCCUGUGCUGGCGUCCCUGCAGGUGCCUGAGCUCACAGUGGACGACUUUGUCACCGAGAGCCACUCAGGGGGCAGCUUCCUCACGCUCUAUGCCUUCAUCCUGCAGCGCCUCAACUCUGAAUACACAGCAGCCAAUGACAGAAGGACUCUGGCUCUAAUUAACACAUGGACCAAUCAGGUCUUCCCCAGUGGUCCGGGUGACGAGGCCAAGCUGUUUCUUUGGUGGCACAAAGCACUGAACCUGUCCGCAGAGCAGCUGCAGCCACAGGCAGGCCUGGCAGAAGUGUCAGGAGUCGUCAUGGGUCUGUUGAGGUUGCAAAACAGGCUCCUUCAGCUGGGAGAAGAGAGACUGAAUUCUGGGCUGCUGGGGGCUAUAGGCCUGGGAAAGAGGUCUCCUGUUUCUAAUAGGUUCAGGGUGGUGGUACGCAGUCUGGCAGCAUUCCUGACAGUCCAGAUCCCGUCAGAGACAGAGCUUCGACUCCAACCCACCGGUGACUUGCAGCUCUCUGCGAAAGCCCAGCAAACGUUGGGGGCGUUGGAAGCGAUGCCCAGCAGUAAGCAGUACGCCGACUUAGAGGACUCUGUGAACAAGGCUGUCCAGUUCAUCCGCUACCCGGGACACUGCCUCAAGGAUGCCCCCCGACUUCUGGCCCUGCUCGCCAACCUCCUGUACCCCGAGCUCAGAUACCUGCAUAUUCUCCGUUAAGAUCAACCUGACCUGACACUCAUGCUGGAGAUUGAGAGGAUGUGACCCCGUCUGGGGCAAAUACAGUGACAGUAAACAUCUGCUAGACUGCGCAGACAAAAUCUUUUGCUGGAGCACAAAGUUUCCAAGUAGUUGCACUGGUACGGAAUCGCUUUUACUAAUGAAUCAACAUGAGCGACGGCUUUGUGGGAGAGAAACUGGCAUUUAUGAAAAAACGACUUUUGCCAGCACAAUGAAGGAUCAUCGAACCAAUCAUGAGCACAAGAAAUGUUAUGUGCUCAGCUCUGAUGUUUCCUCACACGUGUCUUUCUUCAGUCAUGUUCAUGCUUUGUUCUCUUUUUAUGUAACUCGCCUGUUGGUUUUCAACAUCCUCUGUUCUAUUCUUGAUUUGAGAGAGUGUUUAUUUAUUGAAGCAAAACUCUGGGGGGUUAGGUGUCAAUUUCACACCUGUAUGUGGAAUAUCAAGUUGAAGGGUCCACAAUUUAUUUGGAGGGAAGUUGAAAUACUGGGUCUUGUAGGCUUUUAACUUUAGUUUUAGCUUCUUAAAAUAAGGGGGGGGGGGGGCAUACCAGGAAGAAGAAAGCUGGUAGACUGGGUUUUAAUGACUGAUCGGACUCCUGAGGGUUGCUGUUGAUGCAAGCAUCAAGCUUUGAGCUAGAAUCUGAAAAGUCUCAAUCCUGUGUACUGUACAUGUACAGGUACACACAGUGGCUGCCUAUUCAUGUUUAUGUUUAACAAAACAUUUGCCAAAUUUUAUGUUCAUGUACAGCCAAUAGUGCUUUUCUUGUUUCUGCCAAAGAGAUUUUAUUUACAUGUGCUCCGCCAUUUAAACCCUGUUGACCGUGUGUUCUGGUUGUGUCGUAUGUGUAUGUUGGGUACAAAAACUUACAUUUACACUCUAGACUAGAACAUACACCAGACACCAUUUACACCACUUGGCUUCCUUAUAAAGUAAUGUGCUCUCUAAUGCGGCUGGUAUUAAUAAAAGAGCAGGGAUGUAA